AUGGACUACAUCAAAAUCCCGUCGCCGUCCACCAUCCUAGACUCGCCCAAGACGCUGUCGGCCUCUGUCCGAAAACCGGUGUCUCGCUCUACGGUCGCCCCCGCCACGAUCCAGCGGCCCAAGCAAACCAAGAGCCGGAAUGGCUGUAGCACCUGCAAGGCAAAGCGACUGAAGUGCGACGAGUCCAAGCCGUCCUGUCAACAGUGCGAGCGACGCAAAGUGCCCUGCGGUGGCUAUAAGAAGGACUUCAAAUGGAGGCCCUUCGAGGAGACCAACUUGGCCCCUGUGUCGGCCAAGUCCAAAAAGGCAUCGGCUCCCUUGACCGCUGCGUCCACCACCACGGCUCCCUCGGUGCUGACCAAGUCGGCGCCAUCUCUUAAGAAAAAUAUCCCGACGCCUCCUACCCCGGACCAGUCGGCGUCGCCGGUUCGUGCUCACGCUAAUAUAUGGAAUGCUUCACCCCCGGAAUCGCCCCUGCAGAAUUCCCCAAUCAGUAUCAAGAGCUUUCUCUCCACGGAGAGCAACUCUCUGGAUGAGUUUCCUGAUAACUCGUCGUCAACAAGAGCAGGCGUGGUUCCAAAUGUGACCCUGCCUGCCGAGUCUCACCCGGCCAACUUUCUUUCCUUUCUUGAGCCCUUUCACCAGUCGCUGUCGGGGUAUGGUGCCUUGGGCCAGGUGCCUUUUGGGCCAACCGAAUUUCCUGAUGAGCUUCCAGACCUCACCUUCUCUGAGCUAUUGGAAGAUGAAAAUGAGGACAUCGAGGAUAUUAUCCGGCAGUCGGACCCCGAUGUCGGCCCAUGGAACUUUUCUCUUUCUGAGCAGGGAACCCUGCCGUUUGAUCUGCUCGGUAUUCCUACCGGGCCGUCCCUGUCCCCAAGCAGUCAGGAGAUGAUGAUUCUCCGCUAUGACAAGCUUACCUGCGGUAUCCUUUCUGUCAAAGAUGGGAUCACGGAGAACCCAUGGCGCACGUUGGUCUGGCCUCUUGCCAAAGAUACCCCAGCCCUGUAUCAUGCCAUCUUCGCCCUCACUGCCUUUCACUCCUCCAAGGAAAACCCGUCCCUUCGAGUCCAAGGUGUGGCACACAUGCGGCAGAGCAUCACCAGUCUGAUGCAGCAGAUCCAAGAUAUGCGAGCGGAUGCUGCUCUAGCUACUAGCCUGGCACUAGCAUUUGCAGAUACGUGGGAUCAACACACCCGCACCUGCAUCCAGCAUCUGCGCGGCGCGAAGGCGCUGGUCUCCCGGGUGCUGAACGAAGGGCUACGGAGCAAUGCGCGUGGCGACGAGCUGGACCGAGUUCGUUUCCUGUACAAUACGUGGUCAUACAUGGAUGUAAUUGCACGACUGACUUCCAUGGAUGACUGCGGGACUCCGGAUUUCGAUCUCUCCAUCUUCCACCUUCCCAGCGACGCCGUGCACGAGAUUGACCCGUUAAUGGGCUGCGCUGCAACGCUGUACCCGCUGAUGAGCCGCGUCGCAGAGCUCAUUCAGCGCGUGCGCAAGAGUUCAUCCAACACCGUUUCUCUCGUUGCGCAGGCAAUGGAACUUAAAUCUCUCCUCGAGCAGUGGGAGCCCCCUCGCUGGUUUGAACCACCCGAGGACCCCACUUCCGAGGUCCAGCACAGUGUCCAGCUGGCGCAUGCCUACCGCUGGGCGACCUUGCUGUAUCUGCACCAGGCAGUACCCGAGAUGCCAUCGGAGCCCACGGAUGAACUGGCCAAACGUGUGCUGAUCUUGCUGGCCACAGUCCCAUAUACCUCGCGCACAACCAUCAUCCAAAUGUUCCCUCUUCUUGCCGCCGGCAGUGAAGUGGACAUGGAAGAUGAUCGCAACUGGGUGCUGGACCGAUGGACGACAAUCCAGUCCCGACUCAUGCUCGGUGGCGUGGAUCGAUGCCUGGAAGUUUUGCAAGAAGUCUGGAAGCGACGUGAUGCCACCAAGGCCGAAAAGCAUCAGCAGCAGCAGCAGCAGCAGCAAAAUGCGGGCAAAGAUAACCGGGCUGGUUCCUUCUCAAACGCCGAUAGGAACCAUGGCAAAGAAGCUUCGCGGGGCUUUGAUAAUGGGCCCCGUCGAUUCGGCGGCUUAUACAAUAACCCGACUACUCCUCGAAAGAGACCCGUUGAGGCGAGGUUCUUGACCCCGUCAGCCAGGGCGGAGACAUCUCGUCGAGGUACGGCGAUUGCGCCAUUGGUGAACAUCGAGUUCGAGCGAACGGUUCGAGGGAGAUUGCAUUGGGUUAAUAUUAUGGCAGAGUGGGGCUGGGAGGUAUUCGUCGGCUAG